CUCCUGAAAGACAGGCUCACUGAAGCUCUUAUAUCAGUGCCUUUUGUUUGGACGCUCAGUUGUAAAAUAAUGAGAAGAAAAGACGAAUCAUCUUCUAAAAGGACUCUAAACAAGACGGGUGUUUAGCAGCCGGCAGCGGAGAGGGAGGAACAAAACACCGUGGUUGGGAACUAUGAACGCUACCUCACUGACCCAGUCGGACUGCCCAGAUGUGAAAGUCCCCGUCUCUCUCUUCUUCACCAUUGGAUUAGCGAGCCUGGCUGAGAACUUCCUGGUUGUAGUGGCUGUCAUACGGAACAGGAACCUUCAUUCGCCCAUGUACUGCUUCAUCUGCAGCCUGGCAGCUUUCAACACUAUCGCCAGCCUCACCAAAACCUGGGAGAACCUGAUGAUUGUGUUUGCUGAUGUGGGACAGCUGGAGAAGAGAGGUUUCUCUGAGACCAAGCUGGACGAUGUGAUGGACUCCCUGCUGUGUAUGUCUUUCAUUGGCUCCAUUUUCAGUUUCCUGGCUAUUGCUGUGGACCGUUACAUCACCAUCUUCCAUGCACUGCGGUAUCACAACAUCAUGACAAUGCGGCGCACCAGGACCAUCUUGGGUGUCAUCUGGACAACAUGUGGGGUGUCAGCCAUACUCAUGGUGAGGUUCUUUCAUUCCAAGUUCAUCAUGAUCUGCUUUGUCGUCUUCUUCGUUGUCUCCUUGGCGAUUAUCUGCUUCCUCUAUGUGUACAUGUUCAUGCUGGCACGCAUCCAUGCCAGGAAGAUCGCAGCUCUGCCCACCAGCGGCGGGAGGAAGUGUCGGCACCGGCGGCGGUGGGGCAGCAGCAUGAGAGGGGCCCUUACUCUCACCAUCCUGUUUGGGGCGUUUGUGGUAUGUUGGGCGCCGUUCUUCCUCCACCUCAUCAUCAUCAUGGUGUGCCCCACGAACCCGUACUGCGAGUGUUAUCGAUCGCUGUUCCAGCUGCACAUGGUGCUGCUGAUGAGCCACGCCCUUAUCGACCCGGCCAUCUACGCCUUCCGCAGCCCCGAGCUCAGACAAACCUUCAGGAAGAUGCUGCUUGGUUCAAAUUGGAAACAGUGCUCAUAGAGGAAGCCUGUUUACGUGUUAUUGUAUCCACGGAAAGCACGCAGUGGCUCAUUACCUGCAGAAUGCUUCACCUUCACUGGAUUGCAUAUAUUUACACCCGGGGGUCAACAACACAUAGACUUCUGCUGCUGGUGAGCAGCUGUGGUUGCUCAAGGGCAUCAUCAGGGAACAGUUCAGUUUCUUCCUUCACUUUUCCCUGCAUGGGAUUUGACACAGACAUAAAGGCUACUGCCACCAGUACCUUUGGUUCCUUAGUGUUUGACUGAGCAUGUGUGACUGUUCUGAAUGCACCUCUGCAAAAGCGAGUGUUUGUAUGUAUGUUUUUGUCAUUAGAUAACUGCCAUCUGUCCA